GAUGGCGGCACUGCUGGCAAAAACGAGGAAUUUUUUCUUUCCAUUUUACUGCAAAAAUCUUUUAACAAAGCCAARAAAUUUAGUUGGUUCUCAAAAGGUUUUUCUCUCAAGUCAAGAACAUGAACAUAAAGCCGAAGAAUUUCGUCUUGAUUACCUAGAUGGACCACARGAAGGUGUUGCGCUAUUUGUCAUCAAUCGACCAGAAGCCAAAAAUGCAAUGAACAAGAAAUUUCUUAAAUUAUUUUUGGAUGCCCUAGCAUCUGUUAAACAUGAUAAGAAUGUUCGUGCAAUUAUUAUCAAGAGUGAUGCAAAAGGAAUAUUCUGUGCAGGAGCAGACUUAAAAGAAAGAGCAAAAAUGAGACCAGAAGAGGUUGGUCCAUUUGUCUCUAGUGCUAGAGGGGCUAUCAAUGAAUUGAGCAAUCUUCCAAUGCCUACAAUUUCAGCCCUUGAUGGACAUGCAAUGGGUGGUGGAUUAGAACUUGCUCUAGCUUGUGACUUUAGAAUUGCUGCAAGUAAUGCAAAAAUAGGAUUAACAGAAACAAAACUGGCCAUUAUUCCAGGAGCAGGUGGCACCCAAAGGCUUCCACGAUUAGUAGGAAUUUCAAAAGCCAAGGAAUUGAUUUUUACAGGAAGAGUUGUAAAUGGGUUAGAGGCUGCAGACAUUGGUCUGGCAGAGUAUGGAGUACAACAGAAUGAAGAUGGGGAUGCUGCCUAUCAAAGAGCUUUGACUUUAGCUGAAGAGAUCUUACCUCAGGGACCUGUUGCAGUGAAAAUGGCAAAACUGGCCAUCAACAAAGGCAUGGAGAUGGAUCUYARCUCCUCCCUGUCUGUAGAGGAAAUGUGUUAUGCUCAAGUGAUCCCUACUAAAGACAGACUAGAAGGACUGCUUGCUUUCAAAGAGAAACGUCCACCUAAAUAUUCUGGACAAUGAACAUAAUAAGGAACUUGAACAAUACAGUUUUUCAUUGAAUUGAGGUACUUGACUGGUAACAUCAAUUAAAAUAAACAGUUGCCAUAUAAUAUCCUAAAAUAUCAGCUCUAAAUGAAUUGUCAUAAAAUUGGUUGUCAAGAAUAACUCAAACUAGAACACUUAACAACAAGUUAACACUUAUUAAUAUAUAACAUAUCACUUUGUUUUUAUUUACCAUUUUUCAUAUGCUUUAUUAAUCUGAACAGUUUCAAAAAAUAACCAGACAGUUUAAAUAUAAUUUUGAACCAAUUAUAAAUUCAAACCAUAGAACUACAUUGCAUGUAGUUAUUUUAGUACUUCCUAAGGAAAACUGUAUUUCUUGCAAUUACUAUCCAUGAAAUCUGUAAAGAUCAGUACUCACGACAAAUUAUUCACAACUUUCAAAAAUGGCCCGAUAUAUCACGGUUGCCGACCAGAGCCCUUGGACGAAGCACUAAAAUGGUCUCAAAGGCCAGCCUCCAUAUAGUACACUUUGAUUGUGUCUUGCAAGAGUGUUUUGUUAUUAAAAUAACAUACAAUUCAUCUUUUAAACGUUUGGACAUUUCCAUACAAGCAAGCUUCGUAGUGAUUUCUAGAUGUAAGGCCUUUGAGGUCUCGUUUCCAUUAUUCGUCACUAGUCCCCCAAUAUUGACAGUCGUUACUACAGCCAUUUUUGAAAGUUGUGUAUUGUAAGGAAGAAAAGGCUCAAGCCACUAACAGUUCUUUAAGGAAGAAAGUGUUUUAUGCCCAAUGYAGAGCCUGAAUAAAACCUUUGUGCGUAA